GGUACAUGCGUUGCCCUGUAGUUACACCGACCCUGUCUACUGACUAGCUGUGUGACCAUGGAGCUUUGGUACCUGGCCCUGAUGCUUGUAGCUGCUUGUGUUCAUGUACACGCGCAGACUGGGGAUGAUUCCUCCUGUUAUUAUGAGGAUGCCGGCGAUUGGUCCGCGUGUUCUCCAAGAACUAAACAGCAGACCAUGGACCAGCAUUUAGUUGAUGGAGAAGGAUCCUGCCCAAAGAAGAAAACCAAAAGCAGGCAAUGCACACCGAAAGAAGAAAGUGGACAUAAAAGGAGUGAUGAGGAUGAUGAAGAUCCUGGAGAAUAUAGAGGUGCAAGAGGCAGGAUGCACAAAGCACAAAGUCAACAUGAUGAGGAAGGACUGGAAGGAGGUCAAGAACGUCAUGGGCGUGGAGGUCGACACAGGCACAGGAAUCGGUAUGGAGGUCAUGGACAAAGGGGACGAGGAAGAGAACACAACAAGGACGAUCCAGAAAGCAUACAGCAAAGUGGAGCAAUGGAAGAAGGUGUAGAAGGCAGGGAGGAGAAACAAGGUCGAGAUCAAAGGCAAAAGUGUCACAUGAUGAGGAAACAACUUAAACGCUGCUAUCAUGACAGCCAUCGAUUUGGCGGUGGUGCAUUUGGCGGUGGUGCAUUUGGCGGUGGUGCAUUUGGCGGUGGUGGAUUCGAUCGCAGUGGUGGUGGUGGAUUUCGUCAUGGUGGUGGUGGAUUUGGUCGUGGUGGUGGUGGAUUUGGUCGUGGUGGUGGCGUUAUGUAGACUCCCCACAUCCUAAUCAUUCCCGACCUUGCACCUGCAGUCACUUUGAACCAAUAACCAAUCAUUCACCUGAAGCCAGAGAACAUUACAUGAAUAGAUUAUAGGGAAAUAUUAUUUUAAUUUCAAGAACUUUGCAUUUUAAAUAAAAAGUUGUCCUUCGUCAGAAGAAAUCAUUAUGUAAUCACUGAAGCCAAUGUAAUGAGGGUCAUGUGGACGGCUAAGCAAUAAUAAAGUCAAGAGUCAGCA